GCCAAGCCCUAAUGCCUGCCACCAUUGGACCAGCCAAAAGUUCAUCAUAAAUGCUUUGCUAAGGUCCUCUCCAAAUCCAACCAACUUCGACCAAGCGGCCUCUUCCCCUCGUUCCAUCGCUUUCUUCAUCCUUUCCUGCCUGCCCUGGUGCCCCAAACAGAGAGAAUGGAUCAGCCGGGCCACACCACCCCGCCGGUGAUGGGCGUCGCCACUGGGGUGCCCUACGCCGCGGCUGCCGGCGGCGGCCCCUACCAGGCCUACCAGCAUCUGUACCACCAGCAACAGCAGCAGCAGCAGCAGCAGCUCCAGUUGUUCUGGGCCGACCAGUACCGCGAGAUCGAGCAGACCACCGACUUCAAGAACCACAGCCUGCCGCUCGCCCGGAUCAAGAAGAUCAUGAAGGCCGACGAGGACGUCCGCAUGAUCGCCGCCGAGGCCCCCGUGGUCUUCGCCAGGGCCUGCGAGAUGUUCAUCCUCGAGCUCACGCACCGGUCGUGGGCUCACGCCGAGGAGAACAAGCGCCGCACCUUGCAGAAAAAUGACAUAGCCGCCGCCAUCUCCCGCACCGACGUCUUCGACUUCCUCAUCGACAUCGUGCCGAGAGAGGAGGGGAAGGAAGACGUGGCACGCCCGCUCGGUGGCCCGCCCACCGACCCGAUGUCUUACUACUAUGUCCAGCAGUAGCAGUAGCAGCAUCAGCAUCAGCAACAGCAUCAACAAUGUGCGCCUCUGUUUUCUUCCGCAAAGAGAUGUUUUCUCCGACAAUGCCUUGUCUUCCCCGUAAGUCAUUGCUAUUAGCAUCCAUCUGGAUUCGGAAGGAGCGGAAAACAGUCGACCUGUGGAACAGGAUGAUGGUGGUUGAAUGUUUUAACUUGUUAUAACUUGGUAUUGUCGACUGUUUACACGAAGGCAAUGUUUUGUUUAAAGGAUCUGCUUCUCUCGGAAAAUAACUUACCAAUGUAUGGUGAAUCAAAAUUUUGUGUGUCGAAACUUGAUCUUUUCAAGUGUAGAUAUGAAGGAAUUGAUAUUAUUGUGGCUGU